AUGGCUGACUUCAGUGAACUCGUGUUGAAAAAUGUAAAUGAAAAGGGUGAAAUCGACACGCAAGACCUUGCCAAGCUUGAAAAUAUUGAUCACCAGAAGCUGGUCGGUGCUGUCAAGAGUUUACAAUCUCUUGGAAACAUCAUUAAAGUAGACCAGAAACAAUCAAAAAGAUUGAAAUUAACAGAGGAAGGUAUAUCGGUGGCUGAAAAAGGUAGUCAUGAAGCAUGUGUUUAUAAUAGUAUACCAGCUGAAGGUAUUCGUCAGGCAGAUAUCAUGAAAACUGUACCAAAUGCUAAAGUGGGAUUUAGUAAGGCCAUGUCUGCUGGCUGGAUUCAAGUUGAUAAAAAGGCUGAAGGUGGUCCUAAAGUAUUUAAAAAGGUGGACUCUAUAGAAGAUAAGGUAGAGAAAUGUAUGAAGGAAAUACAGAGUUUAAAAUUAGAUAAUAUUACUGACGCACAAAUAGCUGAAUUUAAAAAGAGAAAAUUAAUUAGUGAGGAGAAAGUAACAAGUUAUAUUGUUAGUAAAGGUGAUGAUUUUACAUUAAAUGUCUCGAAACCAGAAGUUGAUCUGACAGCAGAAAUGAUAGCAAGUGGUUCAUGGAAAACAAAAACAUUCAAACCAUAUAAUUUCGAAGCUCUGGGCGUUCCUCCACAAAGUGGUUAUCUACACCCUUUACUGAAAGUUAGAACACAAUUCAGACAGAUAUUUUUAGAGAUGGGUUUCACUGAAAUGCCAACCAACAAUUUCAUUGAAAGUAGUUUCUGGAACUUCGAUGCUCUGUUCCAACCACAGAAACAUCCUGCAAGAGAUGCUCAUGACACCUUCUUUGUAUCAGAUCCUAAAUCAGCAUCAGGUUUUCCUAUGGAAUAUUUAGAACGAGUAAAGAAAGUACAUUCUGAAGGGGGUUAUGGUUCUCAAGGUUAUAAAUGUGAAUGGAAUAUAGAGGAGGCAGAGAAAAAUAUAUUAAGAACACAUACAACAGCUGUUAGUGCUAGAAUGUUAUAUAAAUUAGCACAACAGAAACCUUUCAAGCCUGCUAAAUAUUUUGCUAUAGAUAGAGUAUUCAGAAAUGAAACAUUAGAUUCAACACAUUUAGCAGAGUUUCAUCAAAUAGAAGGUCUUGUUGCUGAUAGAAAUUUAACUCUGGGAGAUUUAAUGGGAACAAUAAAUGAAUUCUUUCAAAAACUAGGUAUGACCAAGUUACGUUUUAAACCAGCUUAUAAUCCUUAUACAGAACCUAGUAUGGAAAUAUUCUCCUAUCAUGAAGGUCUACAGAAAUGGGUAGAGAUAGGUAACUCUGGUGUAUUUAGACCAGAAAUGUUAUUACCAAUGGGAUUACCUGAAGAUGUAUCAGUCAUAGCCUGGGGUCUCUCCACUGAAAGACCUACUAUGAUAAAAUAUAAAUAUAACAAUAUAAGAGAUUUAGUGGGACCUAAAGUUGAUCUUCAAAUGGUUUAUGAUAAUCCUAUAUGUAGACUUGAUAAACAUUAAUUUAUAAAUAAACUAUGUCAUUCUUU